GCCUUACUAGAAAGUUUGAAAGUAAAUCAAAAAGACUUAACCAAAAGAAUUACAAAGCAAGUUAAAAAACUAUUUACAACAAUGUUUCAUAUUGGUAUUACCAAUUCUAGAUUAAAAAUGAAUGUUAAUGAAAUGCAUAAAGAAGUUUUGAAAAAAGUGUCUAAAGAGGAAAUCUUCAAAGAUAAUAUUCCAAAAAUUUCUACAAUUACAAAUUAA